CAGCUCAGCUCAGGAUACUGACGGGCGGUGUAUCUGCACGGUGGUGGCUCCUGAACAGAACCUCUGCUCCAGAGACGCCAAGGGAAGACAGCUCCGCCAGCUACUGGAGAAGGUGCAGAACAUGUCCCAGUCCAUUGAGGUGUUGAACCUGAGGACCCAGAGGGACUUCCAGUACGUCAUGAAGAUGGAGAAUCAGAUGAAAGGGCUCCAGACCACGCUCAGACAGAUAGAAGACGACAGGAAGACCAUUAUAACCAGGAACUUCCAGGAGCUGAAGAACAAGAUGGAUGAGCUGCAGCCUCUGAUCCCUGUGUUGGAGCAGUACAAGACAGACGCCCAGCUCAUCUCCUCCUUUAAAGAGGAGAUCAGGAACCUGUCUAUGGUGCUCACAGCUAUUCAGGAGGAGAUGGGGGCAUACGACUAUGACGAGCUCUACCAGAGGGUCCUCAGACUGGACAGCAGGCUGCACAACUGCAUGGGCAAACUCACAUGUGGGAAAUUAAUGAAAAUCACUGGACCUGUAACAAUAAAGACAUCUGGCACCCGGUUUGGAGCAUGGAUGACUGACCCACAGGCCUCUCAUAGGAACAACAGG